CGGCGGGCGGGGAUAAAGUGGGCGGCCCGCUCGCGGCCUCCCCUCCCCGGGCCGCUCCUCGGCCCAUUCGGCGCCCGAGUCUCGGGCCAUCAGGACCCAGGAGUCUCCUCGGACCGACGUGCCCAGCCAGGACAUCGGAGCACACGACUGCCAUCAAUAUGCUCGGGGGCCCCUUCUCCGUGCUCCUGUUUGGGGGACUCCUCGGGGCGCUGCGUGCCCAGCAACAGGAGGUCAUCUCACCUGACAUCUCCACUUCUGAGAGGAACAACAACUGCCCAGAAAAGGCCGACUGCCCAGUCAACGUGUACUUCGUGCUGGACACCUCCGAGAGCGUGGCCAUGCAGUCCCCCACGGACAGCCUGCUCUACCACAUGCAGCAGUUCGUGCCUCAGUUCAUCAGCCAGCUGCAGAACGAGUUCUACCUGGACCAGGUGGCCCUCAGCUGGCGCUAUGGUGGCCUGCACUUCUCCGACCAGGUGGAGGUGUUCAGCCCGCCCGGCAGUGACCGGGCCUCCUUCACCAAGAGCCUGCAGAGCAUUCGCUCCUUCCGCCGGGGCACCUUCACCGACUGCGCGCUGGCCAACAUGACGCAGCAGAUACGGCAGCACGUGGGCCGCGGCGUGGUCAACUUCGCCGUGGUCAUCACCGACGGCCACGUCACGGGCAGCCCGUGCGGAGGCAUCAAGAUGCAGGCGGAGCGCGCCCGAGAGGAGGGCAUCCGGCUCUUUGCCGUGGCUCCCAACCGGAACCUGAACGAGCAGGGUCUGAGGGACAUCGCCAACACCCCGCACGAGCUCUACCGCAACAACUACGCCACCAUGCGGCCUGACUCCACAGACAUCGACCAGGACACCAUCAACCGCAUCAUCAAGGUCAUGAAACAUGAAGCCUAUGGAGAGUGCUACAAAGUGAGCUGCCUAGAGAUUCCUGGACCUCCUGGCCCGAAAGGCUACCGCGGACAGAAGGGUGCCAAAGGCAACAUGGGCGAGCCCGGAGAGCCUGGGCAGAAGGGGCGACAGGGGGAUCCAGGCAUUGAAGGCCCCAUCGGAUUCCCAGGACCCAAGGGUGUGCCUGGCUUCAAAGGAGAGAAGGGUGAAUUUGGAGCCGAUGGCAGGAAGGGAGCCCCUGGCCUAGCUGGCAAAAAUGGAACAGAUGGACAGAAGGGCAAGCUGGGCCGCAUCGGGCCUCCUGGCUGCAAGGGAGACCCUGGAAACCGGGGCCCCGAUGGGUAUCCAGGGGAAGCCGGAAGUCCAGGCGAGCAAGGAGACCAAGGUGCCAAGGGAGAUUCUGGCCGUCCGGGACGCAGGGGGCCCCCAGGAGACCCCGGAGACAAGGGAAGCAAGGGUUACCAAGGAAACAAUGGAGCCCCUGGAAGUCCAGGCAUUAAAGGAGCCAAGGGUGGGCCUGGACCCCGUGGACCCAAAGGCGAGCCUGGGCGAAGAGGAGACCCUGGAACCAAGGGCGGCCCAGGCAGUGAUGGCCCCAAGGGGGAGAAGGGAGACCCUGGCCCUGAGGGGCCCCGGGGCCUCGCAGGAGAAGUUGGCAACAAAGGAGCCAAGGGAGACCGAGGCUUGCCUGGGCCCAGAGGUCCCCAGGGGGCUCUUGGAGAGCCUGGGAAGCAGGGAUCACGGGGAGACCCCGGUGACGCUGGACCCCGUGGAGACUCAGGACAGCCGGGCCCCAAGGGAGAUCCUGGCAGACCCGGAUUCAGCUACCCGGGACCCCGAGGGACACCCGGAGAAAAAGGCGAGCCCGGCCCACCAGGCCCGGAGGGAGGCCGCGGAGACUUUGGCCUGAAAGGAGCGCCCGGCAGGAAGGGGGACAAGGGAGAGCCUGCUGACCCUGGUCCUCCCGGUGAGCCCGGCCCUCGGGGGCCAAGAGGAAUCCCAGGACCUGAGGGAGAGCCCGGCCCCCCUGGAGACCCAGGCCUCACGGAAUGUGACGUCAUGACCUACGUGAGGGAGACCUGCGGAUGCUGUGACUGCGAAAAGCGCUGUGGCGCCCUGGACGUGGUCUUCGUCAUCGACAGCUCCGAGAGUAUCGGCUAUACCAACUUCACCCUGGAGAAGAACUUCGUCAUCAAUGUGGUCAACAGACUGGGCGCCAUUGCCAAGGACCCCAAGUCCGAGACAGGGACACGUGUGGGUGUGGUUCAGUACAGCCACGAGGGCACCUUCGAGGCCAUCCGGCUGGACGACGAGCGAGUCAACUCCCUGUCCAGCUUCAAGGAGGCCGUCAAGAACCUCGAGUGGAUUGCUGGCGGCACCUGGACGCCCUCCGCCCUCAAGUUCGCCUACAACCAGCUCAUCAAGGAGAGCCGGCGCCAGAAGACCCGAGUGUUCGCGGUGGUCAUCACGGACGGACGCCACGACCCCCGUGACGAUGACCUCAACCUCCGGGCUCUGUGUGACCGCGACGUCACCGUGACAGCCAUCGGCAUCGGCGACAUGUUCCAUGAGCGGCACGAGAGCGAGAACCUGUACUCCAUAGCCUGUGACAAGCCACAGCAAGUGCGCAACAUGACCCUCUUCUCAGACCUGGUGGCCGAGAAGUUCAUCGAUGACAUGGAGGACGUUCUGUGCCCGGAUCCCCAGAUUGUGUGCCCAGAGCUUCCCUGUCAAACAGAGCUCUACGUGGCCCAGUGCACCCAGCGGCCUGUGGACAUCGUCUUCCUUCUUGAUGGCUCCGAGAGGCUGGGCGAGCAGAACUUCCAUAAGGCGCGGCGCUUCAUCGAGGAGGUGUCCCGGCGUCUGACGCUGGCCCGCAGGGACGAUGACCCACUCAACGCCCGCAUGGCCCUGUUGCAGUACGGCAGCCAACGUGAGCACCAGGUGGCCUUCCCGCUGACCGCCAACCUGACCGCCAUCCACGAGGCACUGGAGAGUGCCACCUACCUCAAUUCCUUCUCGCACGUGGGCGCGGGCAUCGUGCACGCCAUCAACAACGUGGUGCGGGGCGCGCAGAGCGGGGCGCGGCGCCACGCCGAGCUGUCCUUCGUGUUCCUCACGGACGGCGUCACGGGCAACGACAGCCUGGAGGAGUCGGUGCACUCCAUGCGCAAACAGAACGUGGUGCCCACCGUGGUCGCCGUGGGCAGUGACGUGGACAUGGACGUGCUCACCAAGAUCAGCCUGGGCGACAGGGCGGCCAUCUUCCGCGAGAAGGACUUUGACAGCCUGGCCCAGCCCAGCUUCUUCGACAGGUUCAUCCGCUGGAUCUGCUAGCCCCGCCCCAAUGCCCAGCCCCACCCCUCAUCGACCUCCCCUCCGUGGUGCUAAUUGGAGCCCAGCCCUGCCAGUCCUACGUGGCCUGUGCGCUGGGGGCUCUCCAGAUGUUGAGCCUCUUCUACCAAGGUCGGGAUGGGAGGACCCCAAACCCAAGGCCCUGGAUGCCCCUCCAGCCUCUCCAUCCCACCCACACCCUGCUCUCACGCCUCAGAGAGCUCCAGAGCCCCCCAAACCGUUCGCUCCACCCUACUGCCGCUGACCCGCAGCCUCCCUUACCUCCCCACCCCACCCCCAACCUGCCCAGCGGCCCCUUUCCAAGGCUUUUGGCCAGCGCGCACCGGCCUUGCCUGAGGCCCUCCCCCCUGAGCUCAGGAAGGCAGACCUGAGGCGUCCCAUGACACUUGUCUUGGCCCAAUAAAGGCUUUGAAACCUA